AUUGUGCUUUCCCACUGAACAGCACAUGUGAAAAGGUGAAGACGGUGUUUCUCCACACUCCACUCUUAACUCACACGUGUAUGUAAUAUGUAUGUAUAUAUAUAUCUCCCUCUCAACGCUGCAUUUGUUGAAGCAUUCACACAGAAGAAGAAGAAUGAAGGAGGAGUUGGUGGUGCAAGAAGGGUACGUUUUGAAGGAAGAAACCCAGCUGACAGUGCUGAAAACCUCUCUCUUCUUCAACGGUGACGGCUUCACAGUGUACGAUUGCAAGGGCAACCUCGUCUUUCGGUUCGACACCUAUGGUCCCCGCUCUCGCGACAAGGACGAACUUGUCCUCAUGGAUCCACAUGGCCGUUCUCUUCUAACCCUUCGUCGAAAGAAACCGAGUCUUCAUCAACGGUGGGAAGGGUUCAAAGGGGAGAAAACGGAGGGUGCUAAAGCGGUCUUCAGCGUGAAGAGAUCCUCGAUCAUCGGACGGUCCAGGAGCAGCGUGGCGGUGGAGGUCUACGAUAGCCCCGGUGUGGAGUACCUCAUCGAAGGGUGUUUCCCGCAGCGGUGCUGCAAGGUUUUGAAUGCGGCCAGGGAAUUAGUGGCUGAGAUUCGUCGCAAGGUGGACCCCACCACCAGCGUUAUGCUCGGCAAGGAAGUCUUUUGCCUUUGCGUUAAGCCCGGUUUUGAUGCCGCCUUCGCCAUGGCCUUGGUCUUGGUACUUGAUCAGAUCAACGGUGAGAAUUACUUUGAUGAUAGAAUCGUCGACCCCGCGGUGCAUCCUGCCGCACCAGAUCCGGGACUCGUUUCGCCUGUUCCCUAACUUGCCUUUUAAUUUCUCACUGUCCCUUCCUUUCUUUUUCUCUUUUAUUUUUGUAACCAAAAUAAUGACCAUGUUCUCAUCAAAUCACUAUGCGAUCACACUGUACAUUUUAUAUGCAUAGAGGAUAAAGGAAAACUCCUUUUAAUUUCCUAUUUACUGUUUAAUUUUAUCAUCAUCACUGCCUGACAUGGAUGAUUAGUGCUGUAUGUAUCGUGUGCAACUGCAACUAUAGCUUUCGGUUAAACUUAUGCUUCUAUUAAGUAAAGCUCCUUUUCCCAUUUUUUGA